AUGGACAUUCGCGUACUCCGCCCAGAAGACAUUCCACACGUGCAGCUCGCCAAUAUCACGAAUUUGCCGGAAAAUUACUUUUGCAAGUACUACCUGUAUCAUGCGCUGAGCUGGCCGCAACUCAGCUACGUAGCGGUGGAUGUGUCACGGCCGCCCAAAACGCCUUACGACCCGCCGAAAAUCGUAGGGUACGUGCUGGCCAAGAUGGAAGAAGAGCCCACAGACGGCGUGCAACACGGGCACAUUACGUCUCUCUCGGUGAUGCGCACGCAUCGCCGGCUGGGGCUGGCGGAGAAGCUGAUGCGCCAGUCGCAGCGCGCCAUGGCCGAGACGUUCAACGCCCACUACGUGUCGCUGCACGUGCGCGUGUCCAACACGGCGGCGUUGCACUUGUACCGCGAGACGCUGGGGUUCAAGGUCGACAAGGUCGAGGCAAAGUACUAUGCCGAUGGCGAGGACGCGUAUAGUAUGCGCAUUGAGCUGGCCGAGGUGAAGAGGGCGGUCAAGGAGGAGGAGGAGGCCGUGUGGGGGACUGAGGGGCUGGAUGAGGGCGAUGCGGUGGGGAGUGAGGGGCGGGAGGAGGUCAAGAUGGUGAAGAUGGGGAGGGGGAGGGGGGUUGUCGAUUUAGUCGAGAAGAAUGAGGCGGGUACUGCUGCUGCGUAG